GGCUAAAAUACAUGUUCCUUUUACUAGAUUUUUGCUGUUGUUGUGGAUGUUUUUUGAAUUUACUGUUCUUCUCUUGUUUGAUGUAAUUGUUCCAAAAAAUGGGUAAUUCUGUGCAGUGACUUUGUGGUGCUCAGACUGUUUCAGGCCGACCUCCACCAGCCAAUUCUAUGGCAGUUGGGCAGUUCUUUAAUCCAGGAGAAGGAAAUGCAGAGUUCUCUCCUAAAUUGAUGCUUCUAUCUGCCUAUUCUUAUAUGGACAUCAUUUUGAAGGAGGAUCAUUCCCUUGUAUUUAAUUUUUCAUUUGCAAUUUGCUUAGGCCUAUUGCCCGUUGCUUUGUCGCUGAAAACUGCAGGCUGUGGAAUAAAAAAUUCUGGGCUUUCUGGUGAAGAGACUGAUGAUACAGAAAACAGCAGGCUUUGCAAACUACGCUGUUUCCCUCCUGUAGCACUUGCUUGGGGUCCUACAUCUGGUCUUUAUGUAUUUCCAAAUUUGUAGAGUGAGACUGUUGUUGUUGAUUUCUCCCCAGCACUUUGGAGUUCUAAUGGGUCAGGGAGGACCACUGUUCUGUUACUGGUUGAUCCACAUUGUUCGUACCAAACUAGAAUAGCUGUUUCUCUCCCUGCAGCAGCAGGUCAAUUUGUGCUUCUGUAUAGUUCACAGAUGGUUGGCUUCUCAGUUUCUGUUGUAUUUUUUGCCCUAAUGAGGCAAGCACGUUCACUGUCAAUUCCAUCUAUACUGAAAGCUGUGGAGUCCAACUUAAGAAUACCUUUGCCAUUUUUGUUUUUAUCCAUUCUACCAAUUUUGAUAUCCCUGUUCCUUUCCUACCUGAUGUCUCAACCAUUUCCUCCACUUUUGAUCUUCACCCUAAUAUCAGUUAUUUGCUACUUAUUUGCAAAUGGGUUCGUAAUCCUACUGAUAUUGGUAUCUCAAUUGGUCUUCUAUGUGGCUGCCUAUUUACAUGUCUUCAUCAAGAGGAGGUGGCAACUCUGGGAAGGAAACUUUUGCUUCUCAUAUCUUCACUGGUUUGUUAAUCUUUGUUCUGGUUUUCUUUCAAUAAAGGUAAACUUUUGCCUCAGAUAACAAUAGUGCAUUCAUAAGGGGUACCACUUAUCCAAAAGGGCUUCUGGAACAGUUUAGUGGUUGACAACUUCUAUUCUUUCUUUCUAAUUUAGUUUUUUCUUGCAGCAGUUUAGGCUUUGUCUUGCUGAUUUUCUCUUUGAUUUAUUUGGAGAACAGGUUAUAAGAGUUUUAAGGGCCAAUCCAUUAUAUGUUCCCACAUCAGCUUCAAUUAUUCUUUCUACCUUUGUUCGUCCUGCCUUGGGCCUAUUCAUUCUCCUCUUAUCUCAUGGUUUAUGCUGCCACAGAUCACUCUGCAGGCUAUGUAGGUGGACAACUCUAUUCAUCAUAUAUUGCUUUGUGGAAUGGCGUAGGCUGGUAGCAUUUGCAACCACUUUGUGCGGACAUUUGCAUACAUUUUGUUUCCCCUUAUUGGAGUGAAAGUAUCAAAGGUUAAAUUAACUGAAAUACUUUAUGCUAGGCGAUCGUAAGGGAUGCUUCAUUUUUGUAACAGUUCUUUGACAGCUUCCAUCCUCACCCAUGCAUGGAGAAAGGAACUAUCAGUUUACAAAACCCAAGGAAAUUAUUGCUCUCAGCAGUUUGCCCCCAAACCCGGAUCAUCUUCAAAAGAGAACAGCUCUAGUUAUGGUCAAACACAAGAAGAUAUCUUUCACUACCAGCAUGGCUCGCUGAUCCUGCAUCUUCUAGGUGCACUUAUGUUUGUCCCCUCACUGAUAUCAUGGCUGCAGGGAACAGGGAUGCACCAGAGGUUUCCAUGGUUCUUGGAUUCAUCACUUUGCAUUUGUUUAAUCCUUCAUGGCAUCUUAAGUUCAGAGCCUCUGUUUGAUUCCUCUUUUUCCUUUCCCCUGGUUCUGGGUCAGGAAAUUAGAUUGAACUUUAUCUACUGAAUUGCUGGACUCUUUGCCUCUAUCUCUGCUCUGGCAUUGACACCAUAUAGAGUGUUCUACACAAUGGGCACAAUUGGGGUCAUUUCCUUUGCUUUGAGCAUCUCACAACAGUUGACAGGAGCACCCCGCUUUGGCAGAAGGAGACAUUCACACAAGCGCUAAAAG